AUGGCGCGCGGCGAUUCCAACUCCGGCGAGCUCUCCGCGCGCGCGUUCUCGAUCCAGGGCUGCGUCGGGAUGCUCCAUCAGAACAAGCGCGUCGCUCGGGAGGAAGGCCUCAAGGAUCUCAUCGAGGCGCUCGAGGGCUUCGCGUGCGCCGACGACCACCGCUACGAGCGGGCCGUGGACCGCUGCUUCUACUUCCUCCACAGCGGGCCCGCCAAGGAGCGCAAGGACGCCUACCGCGCCAUCGGCCUCUACGCGCUCACCGUCGGGCCCAAGGCCGAGCAGACGCUCCUCCUCGACAGGCUCUUCGACCUCGACCGCCUCGCGGGGAUGCUCCCCUCCUCGCCCUCGGACGCGGCGAGAGCCGUCGCCGCGAUCGACUGCCUCGCCGCCACCACCCUCGCCUGCGCCAAACUGUCCUGGGAGGCCAAGCGGACCCUCAAGGCCACAUGGGAGGUGAUCCAGCAGCCCGCGGCCGCCGCCAUCCCGGAGGUCCUGGCCGCCGCCGUGUCCGCGUGGACCGUGACCCUCCCCGCCGCGCUCUUCAUCGAGGACGACAUGACCCCGUUCGUCCUCAUCGCCAACCUCCUCAGGGCCAGCGACGCCGACCUCCGGAUGGCGGGGGGCCACGCGCUGGCCGUGUGCAUCGAGCUCGACAUCCUGCCUCGUCAACCCAACAUCCCCUGGCAGUACUACCACUACCGCAACUACAAGCUACCGGAGCCUGAACCCGACGAGAGGCCGGCGCUCGAGAGCAGGGUCGCCGAGCUCGCCUUCGGGGUGAACCCCGCGCGCACGAAGAAGGCGCACGACUGGGAGACCGUCCUGUUCCGCCAGAUCGACGACUUCCUCAAGAAGAACGAGCAGCAGCGCGAGGGCUUGCUCACCAAGAAGAAGCAGCGCCCGGAGGAAUCGAUUCUCCAUGCUGGCUGCGUCAUCAAGGUCUCCAACUGGGGGAAGCAGGUCCAGCUCAAAUUCCUCAAGCACUACAUCGCCCAGGGCUUCGACCAUCACGUCCGCCUCAACCUGCCACUCUUCCGGGACUCCUUGGGGCUCACCAGGGCUGCCGGCCGCGGCGCCCACAGAGAGGACCUGCCGCUGCCGGCCCAUGAGGAGAAGCAGCUCAGGAAGGACCGCAAGAGCAAGGCCCUGAAGAGGGAUCUACGGGACAAGAUGCAACACUAUGACGACUAA